CUUAAGUCAACCAAAAACACAAAAAGUCUCUGAAAAUGGAUGAAGAGCUUCUGAAAGCAGUAGUGAGCGGAGAUGUUGAGUUUCUUAAAAAAUGCGAAGAAUCAAAUAAACCCAUCGAUUACUACUUGACUUUCGUCCCCCAAAGUAGUGAUGAAAAUGACGAUGUUCGUGGGAAUAUAUUCCACAUAGCAGCGUAUAAUAACAGAGAAGAUUUUAUAAGAGAAGCUAUUCGAAUAUUACCUUCCGAAGAUACGCAAAAACUCCUCCUCCAAACACGGGAACCAUUUAACGCCAACCCUCUUCAUGUAGCAGGCGACAAUGGUAACGUAGAGAUAGUAAAGAUGUUCCUAAAUGUGUACAGAUGUUUGCCAUCAUUACCAUCUGAUAUUUCUAAACGACCAUGGUUACUCAAGAAUAGCGAGGGAAAUAGCCCUUGCCAAUCGACUGUUUAUGGUUUCCACGAGGAAUGUGCGUUGGAAAUGUUGAAAACGGAUAUGGAGUUGAUUUCCAAUAUGACUUCGGAACGCGACUCUUCUUUACUUUAUGAAGUUGUACAUAAUAAGUUAAGCAAAUUAGCUUUGGAGAUGUUGAGUUCCCCUCAUUCUUUUCCUUGCAACGGGAACGACGGCUACACUCCCUUCCACUCGAUUCAUAAUUUUAACUGCUCAGAAGAAGCAAAAGACAUCUUUCGACUGUUGCUUCAAAGAGCGCCGGAGGUACUUAAACAACAAACUGACAAUGGAUUUUCAAUAUUCCAUUUAUGGGCAUCUGGUGGAAAAUUGUGGCCAUUCAAACAUCUUGUAGAAAGCCAUGUUAUUAUUCCAAAUGUAAAGGAGAUAUUCGCACACUUAGUCUCUACAACAAACAAGUAUGGUGACAACCCUUUUCAUAGUCUGACUGAAGAUACCUCCAAUGAAGAAGUUGCUAUUGAAAUAGCAAAAUUGCUAAUAGAUACUUACAAACAAGUAGAGUCAUCUGCCAUUAUAGAAGACCUACUUCCAUGGUUAGUAGAGAACAAUGAUGGUGAUACACCUUUGUCAUUGGCCAUAACUCCUCAAUAUGAAAAGUUUGCACUAUAUAUCUUGUCAAUUGAUGAAAAUGCGGUUAUUAAAAGUCAGAAUAAUGUUUUGUUCUUGGCUAUCGAGAAUGGAUGCUAUAAAGUUGCCCAAAAGAUUUUAAAGAUAGUGGAUGACAACGGUUGGAAUCAACUUCUUACUAAUCAUCACCAUAAUGUUUUGCAUCUUGCACCGUUAUGCACAAGUGAGUCUGCUUCUCUUUCCAUUUUGCUAACAAAUACUGCAUGCUUAAAAUGUAAUAUUGUGUGA